GGCAAGUCAGCCCUUGGGGUUCCAUCCAUGACCAUAUCGCACCUACCUCUACCUACGGCCCUACCUACCUACGUAAACAACGAGCUCGGCGCCAACCGAGGCACGCAAGUGGAAGCUCCCCGCCUUGAUCGGUCUUUUCCUUUCCCCCUUACAACCCGACAUGUAAGGUCCAUACUCAGAAUGGCAACCAAAGGAAAAGAAGUAGAAACUGCGGGUCGUGAUGCCACGCCCGCGAACCCCCGAGGUAUCCCCCAGGCGCCCUUCGUCGACAAGGUCGAGGACUAUGUCACGUCUCGCGCGGAUGUCGAACCCACCCUGAGGCGGUUCCAAGAGUUGAUUGCCAAGUACCAAUUCAUGGAGCAGAACCUCCAGCGACGGGUGGUGGGCUUGAAGGAUAAGAUGCCGGAUAUCCAGAAGACGCUGGACACGGUGCGGUUCCUGCAGAUGAGAAAGGUACGACACACACACACGCACACACGCACACACACCUCCGUCUUCAGGGCACGCGAACAUACGGGCUAUACAGCUAGCUAUACAGCGGGCACAAUACCAAAUGCGCCCGGGGCGGGGGGAAAGGGUAAUUGAGAACCAAAGGUCAAGGACGAGCAUGAACAACAAGGACGUGGAUUGAUGACGAAUCAGACCCGAUCGAAACCACAUUCGAGCUCAACGAGACUCUCUACGCCCAGGCCAAGAUCCCACCCACGGACGAGGUGUACAUCUGGCUCGGCGCCAACGUCAUGCUGUCGUAUCCCAUUGAGGAGGCCGAGCAGCUGCUUGACUCGAAGCUCAAGGCGGCGACGCAGAGCUUGCAGAACUGCGAGGAGGAUCUGGAUUUCUUGAGAGAACAGAUUACGACGAUGGAAGUUGCGGUUGCCAGAGUGUACAACUGGGACGUCGUGCAGAAGAGGAAAGAGAAGGAGGAGGAGGAGAAGACAAAAGGAAAGAAGAGCGAGACGGCGUCGGACGGUUGAAGAGGAGAUUAGGUCUAAUACAGAAAGCGAGGAGAUAAUGCACCAUCACGAAAUGCCAUGGGAGCGAACGACGGUUGAAGAAUGUCUAAUAGAGGGAGGCCGGCCGAGGUUGCUGCUGGCCGCGAUCAUGUGAGACGAGGUUCACGAUGGCUUGGUAAGUUGGACUUGAUUUGAAAGCAACAUGAUAGCGAACGAUACCUCACAGAUAUUCUGCGUCGUAUUACGCUCAGUAGCCAUUUGUUCACGAGACAAAGGAACAAGGGCCACGCAAGCGGUUUGUCGUUUUGGAGAGACUGAAGUGGGACUGGCGAGAUGAGGUUCGCUCUGGCCUAGGUCAAGGCUACGACCUCGAGAGAUUAAAGAGAAUUUGAGUUUGGCGGCCUCCAACGCCCAUAGCCUCAUGAUCAAGGCACGAUGAUGACUUUUUAUAUUUCCCGCCCGGGUUCUUGGUUGUGAUGGAAGUUACUGUCUAUCACUUGGCUACAAGAGAGAUCGACGCUAUGGCUCAUUGUUUAGAUUGUCACGAUACCUACCGCAAACAUACACCGAGAUAGCCUUACAACGUUACCAAAAGCCAAUCCGAG